UUCGGUACGUUAAUAAAUAAAAUGUCGGAAGGUGAAGUUAAUACUGAUUUUCUUCCAUUAAUAUAUGAUAUAAUAAGAAGCAUUGAAAGAGAUUCUCACGAUGGAAGUCAGAAAAGAGAGAACUAUGACAGCAGCCAGAAAGUCCAGGAAUUGAAGCAGAAACUUCAGCAGUGUAGAGACCAAAUUCAGAAACUCCCCGGAAUUGAAUAUAGUAGAGAAGAACAGUUAAAAAGGCUGGAAUCUCUAAGAAAACAGUUAGCAUUAAAACGAGAACUGCUACUCAAGUACAAAAAUAUGUGUCAUUUUGAUAUUCCAAAGUUAUGAACUGUGUGCAAGAAACUUCAGUAAGGUCAUCUAGUUUGUCAUAGGCUGUAAAAUUCAACAGUGUGGAAAAUCUAAUUUUGUAAUGUACAUUUCAUAUGCGUGUAUGUGCUGUUUUUUCAUUUCAUCAUGUGAAAGAGUCUGCUUAUGUACUCAUAUUUUAUAUGAUCUCUUCCCAUAUGAAUGUUUUAUUAGAGUUCUUUGAUAUAUAAAAAUAUAUGAAAUAGUACCUUUUCUAAGAUGGGUCUUUUUUAAGAUAAUUACACUGUGGGGUCUUAGUUUUAACACUUGGAUAUGUUUCUACCUCAUUGUCCAACAAAUUGCUUGAAAUUCACUAGCAGACAAUUUUGCCGACACAGAAUUUAUAUUACAUCCUUAAAUGUUGGAAAAUUGUGUGUAUAACAACAAUAAAUAUAUUACACAUGAGAGGAAAUAUAGAGUAAAGCUUUGUAAAGUUGUUGCAGAAGAAAUAAUUAAAAAUUGAUUGUGUUAUCUCAAUGUAGUAAGGAAUAGAUACAUAAAUGUACUAUAAUUGAGGGUAUAAUAGAUGCUAGAAAUUAACACAUCCUCUCCAUUUUCAUUCUUAUUCUCUAGGAUCAGGUAGAGAUCUGAGUUUCCCAGGAAUUGCACUUUUUACCCAACAAGUCUUAUUUCAACAGAAGAAUUAAGAAUCCUUUUAAUCUUUGGGGACCAAUGAUAUUUUUUCCGUGUUAAGAACUAAGUGUUUAAAAUGUAAUAACCUUUAUUAGUAGUUGUUUUUAAUUUUAAAAUGCAUCUGUUAUGCUUUAAAGGUACCCUUUCUUUCAGUUGCUCUCAGUUGAAGGCACCAUUUGAUUAGCAUCUUUCAGUACUUAACUGUGCUCUGUUCUUAUAAUGUGUAUGUAAUCAUACAUGUAUGUCAUGAUAAAACAAUAACAUUUACACAAAAUUUUUAAAACUGCCUGAUCAAAAUGUAUCCUUUUAGAUUUGAAAACAAUAAAAACAAAUACUGUAUAAGCCUGAAAAUAUUAGGAACUAUGAUGAUAAGACAGCCUGAUGACUUGCAUUCAUUUGAACUUGUUUUAGAAUAUGUAUGUUAAGAACAAACAAUGAUAUCUGAAAUAUUCAAGCAAUGGGAGGUUUAUUAAUGGUGGCCCAGUUCUUAGCAUGUCAAACUAUGGAUCUGAAGUUCUAUGUUUUGUAUCCUUUUACUGACAAAGGAUAAUAAAUUGUGCUCUGCACUUUAGGGCUGUGGGUGUGUUAUAAGAGUGACAGUCAAAUACUUUUGAUUAAAGUGGCCCAAGAACUGAAGGUGUUUAGUUGUCUCCCCUUUUAGUCUACAAGAAAUAAAAAAGGAAAAUAAUACCUGAUAAUGUAUGACUGGCUCAAAAAUAAAGUCUACACAUUACAAGGCUUAUUAGCUGCAUGCUGAAGAGGAUUUAACUCGAGACAGCUCGUAUGUAAGUCAGGUUAUGCCCCAUGGAAGUAACUGGUGUUUUUUUUCUUGAAUAAUGCCAUGUUCUCUCAGUAUGGAAUAACUUUCCAUACAUUUAAACUUUUUAGCAACUUUCAGCUGAACUUUACCGUAACUACAAGAUAACAGAAUUUAAAGUUGAAACACUUUCUGUUUAGAACUUUCAAAUAAAUUUCCACAUCUUUUUUCUCAAGAAGAUAUGUGUUUCAAACUCUUGUCUUUUUAACUUUAACUUUGAUUAUGCUGUGUAUAUAAAAAUUGUUGCUGUGCAA